AUGAUGGUUUUGUUAGAUCAUUAUCAUUAUUCAGUUGAUAUAUCGAAACAUUAUUAUUUACAUAAAUUAAAAAGUAAACAUACUUAUUUUUUGUUGAAUGCAAUAAUUUUCAUUUAUAAUAAUAAAAGUCAACACGAUGAUAUGGGAAAUGUAAAUUGUGCUUCAUUUGUAGCAGAACAAUUAAAACAAUUACCAAAUCCUCAUAUCAAUGAUGAUAGACAAUGUGAAUCGAAAUUUAAAGAAUUAGAAUUAGAAUAUGAACGUAAUAAACAGGUCUUAACAGCACGUAUUAAAACAGUUACAAUAUGUUUCAUUACCAGAUGGAGAACAGCACCUCCAACGAAUGAUUCAUCACCACCAUCAUCUAAUUCUGAAAAAUCAUCUAUAUCAUCAAUAGGUGAUAUUCACCGUCCAACUACUAUUUCAACACCAUCAUCAAAAAAUGCUCAUAAUGUAAUAACAAAAAUAGGAAUUGUUCCUCCAUCAAUUCUAACACAUACACAACAAACAUCAUCUAUUCUUGAAUUACCUUUAUUACCGGUACCUAUUGUUGAUAAACGUAAUGUUAUACCUACUCAGUCAAUAUCAAAUGUUUCUUAA